UUCGCGCACUAGCACCUCUCAGUCGCACAAAAACACACAAGGUUUCUACAAUUCUCAAGUUUUCUCUUUUUUUUAUGUACUUCAAUUUGCUGAAGGGUGUCGAGGUUUGUAAAUUUGGGAAUUUGACUCAAAAGUUCCGGACUUAUUGCAUAAGAAGCAUAAUUGGCGCUGAAUUAAUCAACGGCUGGAGGGAGGAGAAAAGACGAAUCGGAGACACAACUGAGGCAGAUGCCUACUUUUGAAGCAUAGAGCUGGUGUAUGCACUCCUCAAAGGACUCGAGCCUCGAUAUGGAUGCAUUCUAUACUCUUUUGCCUAGUUAAUUCAGCUGGAAUUCCAAAUGGUUGAGAUAGUUUACAUCAAGUGGAUUUGAACCAAUUUGCUACUCAGGAAUGCUUUCAAUGUUUGCCAGAAUCUUUCUUCAACGGACUUCAUAUUCAGCUAUAUUAACCAACAGCACCAGCACUUUUAGGUGUCUUAAAACUAUAACACCUUCCGUCGACCCGGAUAGCAAUCCUUUCGGCGGCAAAGGUAGUUGCAGCAGAAGUGUACCUAAUGAUGACUACUUUGCAGCAAUUCAUCAUAUAUCUAACAUUGUUCGGCGAGAUAUUUACAUGGAGCGGACCCUCAACAAGAUGCAUAUUUCUAGUAUUGUUAACUCAGAACUGGUGUACCGUAUCCUUCGAAGUUGUUGCCAACAUGGUAUUGAAUCAUUUCGCUUCUUUAAUUGGGCUCGGACUCAACACCCUCAGUAUGACCCAACUACCGUUGAGUUCGAAGAGCUUCUUAAGACCCUUGCCCGGACUGCCCAUUGGGAAACAAUGUGGAAAGUAGUCCAGCAGAUGAAAGCCCAGAAUAUCCCUAUCUCACCCUCCAUCGUUUCAUUUAUUAUUGAACACUAUGGUAAGCGUGGUCUCAUUGAUCAGGCUGUCGAGCUCUUCAAUCGGCUCAAGAACUUCAAUUGUCCUCAUACCACCGAAGUAUACAAUGCUUUGCUUUUUGCUCUUUGCGAGGUAAAGAAUUUCCAAGGGGCCUAUGCAUUGAUUCGGAGGAUGAUACGAAAAGGUUCUGUUCCGGAUAAGAAGACAUAUUCCAUUCUUGUAAAUGGCUGGUGUUCGGCAGGGAAGAUGAGAGAGGCACAAGAGUUUUUGGAGGAAAUGAGUCGAAAGGGAUUUAAUCCUCCGGUACGCGGGAGAGACCUUCUAAUUGAUGGGUUGCUUAAUGCUGGCUAUCUUGAAUCAGCUAAAGGACUGGUGAGGAAAAUGACAAAGGAGGGGUUCGUUCCAGAUGUUGGAACUUUCAAUUCGUUGGCAGAAGCUAUAUGUAAAACCGGGGAGAUUGACUUUUGCAUUGACCUUUUCAAUGAUGUUUGUAGAUUGGGGCUUUGUCCUGAUAUUGAGACAUAUAAGAUUGUGAUAACUGCAGCAUCAAAAGUAGGGAGGAUUGACGAGGCAGUUCAGAUUCUUCAUCGGUCAAUUGAAGAUGGACAGCGGCCAUUUCCUAGUUUAUAUGCUCCAAUUUUAAAGGCUUUCUUCCGGAGAGGACAGUUCGAUGAUGCAUUUAGCUUUUUCAGUGAUAUGAAGCUGAAGGGGCAUCCACCGAAUCGACCACUUUAUACUAUGUUGAUAAAGAUGUGCACUCGUGGAGGUAGAUUUGUAGAGGCUGCUAACUAUUUAGUAGAAAUGACCGAGUUAAAUCUGUUGCCUAUGUCACGAAGCUUUGACAUGGUUACAGAUGGAUUGAAGAAUUGUGGGAAGCAUGAUCUAGCCAAAAGGAUCGAGCAGUUGGAGAUAUCGAUUAAGGGCAUUUGAAUCAUUGUGUGGCUCUAGCUAAAGUGUUCUCUGUAUCACUGCAGAUGAGGAUGAUUAGAGUCUUAAAGUUGAAAAGGGUGUACAGUCGAGGUGCCACAUCGUUCAACCAACCUUAGCUCAUUUGUGCCGUUUCGCCUUGAAAAGCACCUAUUUGAAAUUCUCUGGUCACGACUUGAGAACGAAAUCGUGAAAGAGCCUUUAACGGGGUGAAGAUCAUUACAAAGGCAAUAGUUUGUUUCUGUUGGUUCCAACUUAUAAAAGGCAAUUGUAGAAUACUGGUGAAAAAUCACCAGAAAUGCUUUUGUUGAUUGUCCUCAAAUUAUUCCAGCUACUCUAGCUUGUGAGUUGAAGGGGAGCCUUGGCAUAACUGGUAAAGUUAUUGCCAUCUGACCAGGAGUCACGGAUUCGAGCUGUGGAAACAGUCUCUUGCAGAAAUGCAGGGUAAGGCUGCGUAAAAUAGACCCUUGUGGUCCGGUUCUUCCCCGGACUCCGCGCAUAAUAGGAGAUUAGUACACUAGGCUGCCCUUUUUACUCUAGCUUGUGAGGGAUUGUCUUUAGAUGCUGAGUUUUCUGUGGGAACAGUUGAGUCAACUGAAGGUGAUAACUUGAUUCUUUCUCCGAGUGAGUUGUUUUUGUAUCCUUUUAGCAACAUUAGCUUCUAAUGUAUCAUUCAGAGGCGGAUCAAGGAUUUGAACUUUA